GAAAAUAAACUCACUGGAAUAUUUGUGAAAUUUAAUAAAAUGCUUUCCCAGGCACUUUGUUUUUAGCGCAUGCUAGAAGAGUUUCUAAUAGCUUUGUGGCCUUUUAAAAAACAUAUUAACCUUGCGAUUUCUUAUUCUUGUAAUUGAGUGAAUUUGUAUCCCUCUGGAAGCCCUACGUAGCACAAUUGCUAUACCUUUGAGAUGCAUCUUCGGCCACGUCUGGCAAUACGUCGCAUUCCCUCUCUCCUGUCCCCUCCUUUUUCAAGAAAAAGGGGGCAGGUUUGGGAUGUCUUCAGAUGACUGUCUAUUUAAUUGACGGACAGCUUUUCUUCAUUGUACGCUUUGCCUUUGCUCACAAAAGUGCAUUCACUGUUCCAUGGUAUGUUGAAACUUUGCAAUGGAAAUGGCUUUUGGUUAACAAAGGAAGCAUUUUCCUUCGUCCUUCCACGUCUCCAGUAAGUCUUGGCCUCCUUCGGCAGCUGUACCUCCACCGCAACGACAAAAGGUGCGAUUGUUCUAGGAGAUGGCGUUGGAGAUAAUACCAGUGUUUUGUGUGUGGGCUGCCGGGACUGUUUCUUCUUCUGUGUUUGGUUUUGUUUUGUUUUUGUUAUUCUAGACAGUUGAGCACACCUUAAACACAAACCACCACUCCCCAAAAGAGCUUUAAAGACCCUUAAACCUUCAACCUAGGUGACCUCUUUUUCUCCAUUAAGUUGUUCCGUUGGCCUUUAAGUGGGCCCCUAUGUCCCCACAAUGACAAAUCUGGCGGAACUCAAACCAGGGGGAGCAGAAUCCAGAACCCAGAGACGGUCGAUGUGGUUUGUUUUCUUUCUCCGAGCCGGAGACUUGGAGCACCUGACUCUUCCUGCCGUCACCCUCGCUGAAGGGCAAAGCUCAGAAGAGGUUAAGGUGUGCGAGUUAAGUUUUAGUGUUUCACACCGUCUCCUUUUGCGGAGUUGUGAUUCCCAACUCCAGUCUUGGCCUACCUAUGAGGAUAUCUAUAAAAAAAUGAUUGAAAUGGCCAAAUUCUUAGAUUUGCCACGUUUUCCAGACAUAACUGAAGACUGCUAUCUUCAUCCAAACAUCUUGUGUAUGAAAUACUUGAUGGAAGUCAAUCUCCCUGAUGAAAUGAAUGAUUUAACCUGCCAAGUGGUAAAAAUGACUGGAGUAGGAGAAGUGGAUUUUCUGACAUUUGACCCCAUAGCUAAAAUGGCAAAAACCGUUAAAUAUGAUGUACAAGCUGUCGCCGUUAUCGUAGUAGUAUUGAAACUGCUCUUUUUAUUGGAUGACAAUUUAGAAUGGUCUCUGUCUAAUACCGCUGAGAAAUAUAAUGAAAACAACAAAGAAGAUAAGCCAUGGUUUGAUUUCAGAAAAUGGUACCAAGUUAUGAAGAAAUCUAUUGAUGAGAAAAAACAAGAAUGGGAGGAAGCCAGGGCAAAGUAUCUGUGGAAAAGUGAAAAGCCACUCUACCACUCAUCCAUUGACAGAGCAGUGGCAUUUAAAAGAAGAGAAAUGGUGGUGGAUCUACAAAAACAAUUUAGCACAUUGGUUGAUUCAACACCAACUGUUGGAAGAAAAAAGCCUUCAAGUUUUCAGUUCAACUGGGCUGAAGGAGACGCGGCUAGAACCUGUUUCCACGGACACAGCCUCCAGGGGAUCCUGAAGAACAAAGGCCAGUCACUGACAACCAAGAACUCACUCUACUGGCUAAGUACCCAGAAAUUCUGUAGAAGCUAUUGUAAACAUGUGACGACCUAUGAAGAAUCAAAUUUUUCUCUGAGUUAUCAGUUUAUAAUAAACCUCUUCGCCUUCCUGCUAAGAAUAAAGACCUCUUUUCUCCAUGAAGAAGUGAGCUUAAUUGAAAAGAGACUUUUCAAAACAAAAUACGGGAAAACGAAAAAGAAAUCUUCAAGAUCCAGGAAAGGGAGAAAAUACUGAGAAAGAUGAAAUCGAAACUCUCUUGGGAAAAUAUCUCAAUAGUGACAAUAAUGUCAAAUUAUAAUAUUCCAGAGAAUCGCGGAAAGUAGAAUUUUAUUACAUAUACAUGCUUACAUAGACACACAUAUGUAGCCAAUGUGCUUAUAAAAACAUGUAUUGGAAAACAAGUGAACUCUGUAUUAUUUUUUAAAUUAUGAAUGUUCCUUGACAAAAUUAAAAUAAGUUUUAUAAAUAA